GAAUCCCAACUCGCAACAAUAUAGUUGCAGAAAAUGACGAGGGUUUGUCUGCAAUUCUCAAUAAUGCUUUAGCUAAACGAGAGGAAAUCCCUUUUAUGGCUGUCGAUUUUGAGGGUUCAUCAGAAAAAAAAGGUGAAAAAAAUUAUUACGUUUUACGUCUUUACGGCUCUCUCAUCAAUGGUCAAAAAGCGGUAGUUACUCUUACAGGAAUUCAGAUUUUCUUUAAUACACUUGUAUCCGAGAAUGAAUCUGUAAACAACUUUAAAAUAAAAAUAGAUGAAAUUCUUUGUAAUACUGUAAACACUUAUAAAAUAGAACAUAUUAAAGCAUUUCCAUUACAAGGUUAUCAUAUAGAAAAAAAGUCAUAUUUACGAAUUUUUACACUCAGUAGUGGUAAUAGGAAGAAUGCUCUCCAAGCUAUCCAAGAUAACGAUUUCGAAACCGCUUCAGACGAUAUGUUUUCAUUCCAUUGUAAAAUAGCUAGAGAAAAUAGAAUUGCAAUUUCUGCCAGUAGAAGAUCUAAAAAUGAUAAGUGA